AUGCUACGGAAACGGCGGAGAAACGAUGAGAUGAACAUCAGGAAUUGUUGCUGUGUUUCUUCCAGUGGCAUGGAAGAGCCGGCUUCCACAUUAUUGACAAGGCACAUCAUGGGAGAGCCAGAAUCAACCCCCUUAUCACCACCGCAAUUAGCACCACAAAAGAGACACAGGAUCUCUUCCAAGGCCUUCUUUUGGCCGCGACAGUCCCUCCUGCUAGUUCUUUUAGUGUUAGCAGGAUCGUUCCCGUCGGGAAGCAGGGCACAAAACCCAGACAAUCCACUUGGUCUUAGCAUUUACGAAGCACCCCACGAAGAGGAAGAUCCACAGCCACCACUGCCGCCGCCAGAGUCCAGGAAUUUCACAGUUACCGGCGUUGAUCCGAAUAAAACCGAGACGACUGAAGCCACUACAGCUCCCCCUAAUGCAACCACCUCUACUACUAAUUCAACCACUGUUGAUGCAGAUGAAACCGAGACAACUCAAGCUGAUAUACCCACGACAACCACCUCUACUACCAGUACUACUGCAACCACUAUUGAUGCGAAUAGAACUGAGACGACUCAGACUGACAUUCCCACUUCUGCUCCCACUACAACCACCACUAUUGUUGCGAAUAUAACCGAGACGACGCAAGCUGACAUAUCCACUACCACCACCACUGCAACCAUCAAUUCUACUACUACUUCAACCACAAUUGAUGCGGAUGAAACCGAGACGACUCAAGCUGAUACCCCCACGACAACCGCCACCUCUUCUUCGUCUACUACUACUACCACUUCAACAGCUACAACCAACACUCUCGUCUUUGCCGUCAUGCCCAAGACGACCGACAAUCCGUACUUUGAAUUGGUCGAAACGGGGUGUAAGAGUCAAGCCGACCGCAUGACCAGACAACUCGUCAAUACGACCGUCAUUUGCGAAUACGUCGGACCCACCAGUCAAGACAGUAAAAACAACAAAACCGCUGAGGUUCAAAUCGAAUUUGUGCUCGAUCUAUUACAAAAUGAUACCAUUGCUGGAAUUGCCAUUUCAGUAGAAAAUGAAACCUCGCUGUUGCCCGUGUUGGAAUUACAGCGCAAUACGACGGACUACUACAACAACAAACCCAUUGUGACGUUUGACAGCGACUUGACCAAGGCAACUCAUCUCCGAUGGGCUUAUGUCGGCACCAACAAUACGUUUUUUGGAAAGGAACUCGCCCGCGCCAUGCUCCAAUUGCAUCCCACCGUGGGGACCUUUGCUGUUUUGCAUUCGGGAUUCUCGCCCAAUAUGAUUGAACGACUCGAUGGUUUCAUCAACGAACUGGAAGCCCGACAACCCGGUUGGGAACAAGUCGCCGGCAGUCCCGGAGAUGCCCAAGGCAAUUUAGAUAUCGCCUUGGCCGUGUUGGAUGGCUUGGCACGUCAAGAUCCCGAUUGCAUCGUGUCCCUCAUGGGUUUGCCCAUGCGAAUCGUCACCAAUGAAACCGACGGGACGCAAUCCAUUCCUUGGCAAGCAUUUUACGAUGAACAUUACGAACGCGGCAUUACCUUUCUAUCGGGUGAUUCCAUGUCCCAUCAACUUGAUUUGUUGGCAUCCGGAUAUGUCCAGGCGUUGAUUGGACAAUUGCCGUGGGAAAUGGGCGCCAUGAGUAUUGAAAUUCUCUACAAUAUCAGUCAGACGGGUUCUAUUGAAGGAACGGCAACACAGCAACAAAGUAGUGGAAUCAUUGUCACAUCCAGUCAACAACAACAGGGACAGGUCGUGACGAGCAACAAUGGACAUGGCAUGGUGACGGUGGAAGAGGAAGACCCGACAUUCUUUGGAACCAACGUGCUUAGUCACAUUCUCAUUCCACUGGAAAUUCCAGAAGCAGAUGUCCCCGGCAAUCUUAUUGGAAAUUUGAGCUACGUGGGAUACUCCUGUUUCGGGAUUAUCCUUUUCACGGCCUACCUGCUCUUGCAUUGGACCAUCAAUUAUCGCAAUGUGCGUGUUGUGCAAGUGGCUCAGCCCAAAUUCCUCGCCAUGGUGGUCGUGGGUGUGGCUCUUAUGGGGGCGUGCUUGGUACCGCUCAGUAUGGACGAUGGCGGGGAUCCCGACAAUCUCAGUAGCGGAGAGAAAGUUUGGAUCUGCAUGAGCGUCCCCUGGUUGGCCAGCGUGGGUUUCACCAUGACAUUUAGCGCACUCUAUGCCAAGACGAGACGAAUCAACAAGAUUUUUCAUUCCAAUUCUGCAUUUGCUCGUGUCAAAGUCUCGGAACAAGAGGUGUUGUUGCCCUUCACCGUCCUCUUGUUGAUCAAUUUGGCCCUCUUGUCCGCAUGGACUUAUAUGGAUCCAUUGACGUACACUCGGAAUUUAGAGCUGGGCAGCGAUGGCUGGACCCGAGUGGUGUCGACCUACGGGACAUGUCAGAGCGAUUACGUCGAGCGAUAUCUCAUCCCGAUUGCCUGUCUCAAUUUUGGUUGCUUGAUCAUGGCCAACUGGCAAGCCUUUGAGGCCCGUCACAUUGAAGCGGAAUUCUCAGAAACAAAGUAUAUUGGAGUCUGCAUGGCUAGCAUGUUGCAGGCGGCCAUCAGUGGGGUCCCAGUCCUCUUUGUCGUCAAGGACAAUCCACAGGCAUUCUACUUGGUACUUGUCUUUAUGAUUUUCGUCAUUGGAAUGGUCAUCAUGUUGGUUAUCUUUGUGCCGAAAAUCCUGUUUGCCAGAUUAUUCCUGUCCAAAACGGAGGGGGAACAGCGUGACUUUAUCAGCUUCAUCAUCCAACAAUCCGGUCGAGCGCGACACAAUAGGUUUGCCAAGGCACAGGCUAGUCAGGUAGGCCAGUUUCCGAACUACCAAGCCAGCAUUAUGGAAAGCCGAUGGUCGGAAGCGCCUAAUUUCGCCAGCGAAGCACAUAAUUCCGUGUAUAACGGCGGGGUGUCUCAAGUGGGUGUGUCAUCAGAUAACGUCUCUUCGCUUUCCGGAGGGAGAAGCUCAGAGUUCGCCGCAACAGCACCAACGAUGGGGGCAAUGCGAAUGUCGAAUAUUGCGGAGGGCAGCGAACAUCCAACAGCUUACGAACCAGGUGAAUCGUCUCAUCAUUCCGACACAGAGAGCUUUUUCGUGUCCGGGCACAGCGGCGACACACCUUUGACCGGUGUAAGUAUGCGCAGUCUGAUGACUCGGAGCACCCACCAAAGCAAGGUUGGCACGAGCAGGAGGAAUCUUACGAGACGACCAAGCAACCAAUAUCAUGGAUUGAGCAUGCGAAGCCUUGGUCUCGGACGCAGACCGAGUUCUCACCACCCCAUGGGAUUGGGGGGCGAGUCCCACCACAGCCCGAUGGGUCUUGACUUAGACGACGGGGAAGACGGAAUGCUUGUUUAUCGAACAAUGACAGUCGCCCCAGACGGAUCUGUUCACACUCGUCACAGCCAUAUGGUUUAUGACUUUCUCGACGAUGACGCCGCCAGCUUCUACAGUUAUGGCGGCGACGCAAGCACCCGCAGUUUCGGUGUAGGUGUUGGAAGGAGCGCGGGAAGCCUUCCUGGACUGAGUGGGAGAAGCAUUGGACUCAGUGGCCAUACCGUCAGUACCGGAAUCAGCGCCCGUACCCUAGGUGGAGGGACGCUGGGCGGGGAUUCCAGCCACGGCAGUCAACAUAAUAGAACCGCACAUACUCCUGCCAACGGUACUUCCCCGGCGGCAGAUUGCAAUCGCAAAACAAAACAAGGAGCGCCAACGAGGUUGCUGAAUGCGAUCAAAAGGAGUCCAAGAAGACUCAAUUCAUCGGACCAUACGCAGGUUUCAGGUUUACACAGUGGACAGCCUCAGCCAAGGCGGAAGACACCGCGCAGAGUGGCAUCUGAUGGCGGUCGAAACAGGCAGGGCAAAUUGCCUUCGAUGAUUAUGAAGGCAAUCAAGGAGAGAAGGAACGAGGACAGCGAAUCUAGCGAGCGAAGCCUUGAAUCUUUGCAACUUACCAGGAAAAGUGUGAGUUCCCACGCUCGCCUGAGUAGGGUCUCGGCGGAGAUGCAAGAACUCAAUGCCAUACCAGAGGUUGGCGGUGUUGCAUCAGACAGCGGUAGUGAAAGCUUCAAAAGUGCCUGUAUGUUCGAUGAAACGGAUCAUGAAGGAGUGGAACCGUUUUUUAGCUCAGAGGCACAGUCCAAUGGGGGUUAUGAUGACGAUCGGACGAUGGACGACAGCCAGAACUCGUUUGCCAUUGAUGGCAGCGACAACGACGUUGAGAGGGCGCCUACGCUUCGAAAAGGUUCGAGGUGA